AUGGCAAGCGAGACCUGCCGCACACAGCGUGCCAAGAUGUUGAUGUCCGGCGGAAGACGUCGAAAGCGACUCAGCACCUCAGCAAGGCGCAUGGUAUUGACUCUAACAAGACUGCCAGCGAAUUGGGCAAGAAACGAACUCGUGAAGAAGAACUCACCGUAUUACGACGGAGCCCACUGUAUCGAGAUGAUCCCGGCUGUGCACAGCUCCUCAACUUUCGUAUUCAUCGUUUUCUGGGUCUCGCACGCGUCGUCCGCCGAAUUCUCCUACUUUGGGAUCCACUCAAAACAUGGCCGGAAGAGCUUUAAAAUUUGGCGUCGACGACGCGAUCGCUUCUCCAAAAAGCAUUUCACCGUGUGUUUUUUCGGAGAUACACUGAACGCGACGUCAUGA